UAGAAAAAGCAUCGUUUCAUAUUAACCUUCGGCUCCGAUUAGUAAAAAGAUGAGACGAUGUACGAUAAGCAUAAGGUAAAACAAUUCAAGAUGGCAGCGCCCACGGGAUUUCUUGCGUCCUUUUAGUAUUAUAAUAAAAUCUUGACGGUAUGGACCACCGACAGCAAUAUAAACACCACUCACAUACUCCUGAUGAUCUUCGUGACAGACGAAGACAAGAAGACAUUGAGUUACGUAAAAGUAGAAAGGCAAAGGCCCUAGAUGCCAAGAGAGUGAGAUUAGAUAAUGCAGACGAAGAAGUUGAAAUUACUUUGGAUCAGAUGAAAACAGCAUGUGCUUCAUUUUUGCAAGAUCAUUCAUCUGUCAAAGAUUCACUUAAAAUAUUGAGGAAGGCUUUUUCUCAGGGAAGUGUGUUUAUAGAGGACUUUAUGAGAACUGACAAUGCUCUGCAGCACUUAGUAGGAGUGCUGAGUGGCCAUGAUUCAGAUCUGCAGAUGGAGGCAGCAUGGUGUGUGACCAACAUAGCUGCAGGCACACAUGAGCAAGCCCUGCAGGCUACCAAAGCUGCUGCUCCAUAUCUCAUCACUUAUCUCAGUGGCAGCAAUCCACACCUACAGGACCAGUGUGCUUGGGCUGUGGGAAACAUGGCAGGAGAUGGACCAGAGUGCAGAGAUUUGUUAAAAGCACAAGGAGUUCUCCUUCCACUGGUUAACUUACUGAAGUCUCCAUCCCCACAUGUUGUCCAGAGCUCAGCCUUUGCAUUGUCUAAUAUGGUCAGAUGGGCAGAGAGCAACACCCAGUAUGUACAUUCUCUGUGGAACAAAUAA